CACCGAAAAGCAAAUACACAAUGUAAUGAUGAAAGCAAGAAAAACACGUCCCCUCCUCCUUUGAUUAGACUCCUCAACAACACACGCAUACAUUUUACCCACACGCUCAUUACCCAUCUAAUUACCAUCAUUCUCAUUCAUUCAUUCACUCACUUUUUUUUUUCUUUUUCCAACUUUUAUUCAAUUCUUUUUGGUAUUAGAAAUCAUAAGUCAACCUCACCUCAUCAUUUGGUCUUGGUUCUUCCAAACACCACCUCAUUUCCCACUUUCUUUUCUCACCUUUACUAUUAUCAUCAAUCUUCUUUCAUUCUCUACUUGUCCUUCAUUCUUUUCUACUUAUAUCUUUCUCUUUAUAUUUCUACCAUUAUUAUUAUUAUUCAUUAUCAUCAUCAUUAUUAACAUUAUAUCUCUAUAUAAUUAGAGACUAACUACGUUGGCGCUCUCCAUCGUUCAUUCAUUCUAUUUUUCGACGUCAUGGGUAGUAGUAGCAUGAAGGUGCACCCGUUUGCACGUGGCUUUUGGGAUAAUCAUCAAUCUCAUGACUCCCAAGCUGCCCUUUCUCUCGGGUGCAAACGGUUUCGGCCUCUUGCUCCUAAGGUUGCCACCAACAAUGUUGUUAAUCACCCUAGUUUUGAUCUCAAGAGCUUCAUAAAACCCGAGAGCGGUCCAAGAAAGGUUGUUUCCCCUUCUGAUCAUAAGAAAGAUUCAGGCACUCAACAGGUGGAAUCGCAUCCGGGUGGAACGAGAUGGAACCCUACGCAAGAGCAGAUAGGGAUCUUAGAGAUGUUGUACAGAGGAGGAAUGCGGACGCCGAAUGCGCAACAAAUAGAGCAGAUAACGGAGCAGCUAAGCAAGUACGGCAAGAUCGAAGGAAAGAAUGUAUUUUACUGGUUUCAAAAUCAUAAAGCUCGCGAAAGACAAAAGCAAAAACGCAGUAUCCUUGGCCUUAGUCACAACCCCAGGACACCUAAUGCUGCUCCUACUCAAAUUGACACUUCCAUUUCAUUAACUCUAGACACAAGGCAGGCAGACAUAGAAGAGCAACAGAUAAGUCCAUACAAGAGGAAGUAUAGGAGCUGGCUUACAUUCGAAUGCUCCGACACGAACCCGAAGAAGGAUCAUAUGAAUGAGGAAGACAAAACCCUUGAGCUAUUCCCAUUGCACCCAGAAAACCGAUGAAUAAUGAAGGAGGAUUUAUCAUAUGUAACUUGCAUUAUAAUUGUGUAGUAAUUUCUUAACUAGUACUCCCUCGGUCCCUUUUUUGUUUACUCCAUGGACCAAUUAUUUGUGAGAGCUUUACGAGUUAUAUGGGGCAAAAAUUAAGGGACAGAUGGAGUACUAUUAUUGUAGCUAGUAUUAGUAUUAUUCAUCUUAAUUAUGUUUAUGAUGAUGAUGGAGAUGCGCUUUUCUUUCUUCUUUUCCCUUUUUUCUCAUAUAGGAAAAGAAGAAAGACAAAAUGAUCUAUCUUUGUAGUAACAGUUAGGUAUGUUAUUAUGCUCCUUCUUAUUAAUGCCAGAUUUUCUGACUUUUUAACGCUCAAA